AUGGACGAAUCGAGCAUCUUCCUCCAGUGGGCCAUGGAGGCGUUGGGGCAGGGGCAGUACGCUGCCGUUGCCGGAGACGCUUUCUCGUCAUCGCCAUUCUUAGAACCCCACCACUCGGCGGCGCUACAGAGUGGCACGGACAUGGCGGCCCACCGGUACGGAGCCACCGACGACAGCCGGAGCUCAGGUAACAGCGGCGCCGCGCUGGCCAAGGAGAACAACGGCUGGUCGUCCAACUGCAGCACCAACUACCCAGCCGUGAGCCCGAACUUCACCUCGGGCUCGGUCGCUGCUCCGAGCCACGGUGUGCCGGAGCCGGCGCACAGGUCGCCGCCGUCGAGGAAAUCCUCCCCCUCAAAUAACGGGACGGCGUCCACCGGGCAAAAACACGUCAUGGCAGAGAGGAAACGCCGGGAGAAGCUCAACCGCCACUUCAUCGAGCUCUCCACUGUCAUACCCGGCCUCAAGAAGAUGGACAAGACAACCAUCCUUUCCGACGCGGUGAGGUACGUCAAGGAGCAGCACGAGAAGCUCAAGGCACUCCAGGACCGCGACGAUAGGACCAUCGAGUCGGUGGUGCUCGUCAAGAGGCCGUGCAUCUCCAAUGUCGACGAUGGUAGGCCGUCACCGCCGCCAUCAGCAGUAGCUCAAACAAGUCCGACUCCGGCAAUAAAGACCUCGCUGCCGGAGAUCGAUGCAAGGAUCUUGGAGAGGAACGUGAUGGGUGAGGAUCCACUGCGAGGACGGCAAGGGGGUCCUUGUCACGUUGCUCGCAGAGGUCGAGGGGCUCCAUCUUACCAUCACACACGCCAAUGUCAUGUCCUUCCCGGCCUCCACUCUCAUCAUAAAUCUCAUGGCAAAGGCAACUUCACCACUUUAACUGCACAUUUUGUGGACGAAGGCUUCAACAUCACAGUGGAGGACAUUGUGUGCAAGCUCGACCGUGCAUUGAGACGGUGUCACCAUAUCGUGACAAUGAGAAGGAAUGUGGCCGUGGCCGAGGAUGACGGGGAGAGCGCGGCCGUGUCUGUGGAGGACCAGAAAGAGAAGAAAGCAAAGUCCAACUUCGUAGAAUUCUCGCUGAAGUCUCACCUGAAUCUCGCUGCAGUUCAGCGGGGGUGCAAGGGUGUGGUUAUGGCGGAUGCCGGGGAUGUCGGAUGGGUCACCGGGGUGGUGGUGUGCGCUGGUCGGUGUCGGAGGACGAGUGAGAUGAAAUGA